AUGACGGGUGAGGGAGGUCUCGGGAAGAAGCGCCCGGCCCCAGAUGACCCCGAUGUCGCGCAACCGUUAACGAAGAGAUUUGGAGGCCUACGACUAGAUAAUAGCCUGCCAAUCUCCGCUCGGGCCCAAUCCAAGGGGCAUAUUCAGCAUAUCCAUAACCAGCAUAACCAACCUGACAUUGACCAUCUUCAAACCCAAUUUAACCAGAGACCUCCUUCCCCCGAACCAAUGCUCUUGGAUGACACCAAGCAUACGACUUACAUCCACAACUUGGACCAAGAAUUAAUCGAAGACGACUCUCCUGGUUUGAUCUUUUCACCAUUUGCAAAGAAAGUGCUCUCAGUCCCUCAAUCCGUUCUAACCGACUCGAAAUCGGGAAAAGAACUCGUUCUUUAUACGGAACCAGUUUCCCUCACGGUUCCCAAGGAAAAAGACAACGUUCGAAAGGCAAUUCUUGAAUGUCGAGCACGAGCUAGAGAGAACAAGGUUACGGAGAAGGAGGAUUUAUACGAUCCAAUGGAUAUUGAUUGA